CAGCCCUGGCUCAGAGAUAAAAGACCCGUCCAGCCGCAGACCAGGCACCUUUACCCAGAACUUACUCCUGGACCUGAAGGACACCAUGAAUCUGCUCUCCCAGACACUGUGUCUGUGCCUGGUGCUGGCUCUCAGCCAUGCCCACCACCAUGCUGGACAUCAAGGGGAGGUGAGCGAGGGACAUGAGGAACACGACCAUGGAGAUCACGCGGGUGUUUUGCUCGACCGCUGCCAGGGGAUUGAGAUGGAUGCUGUUGCUGUGACUGAGGAAGGAAUCCCUUACUUCUUCAAGGGUGGCCAUGUGUUCAAGGGUUUCCAUGGUAAAGCUGAGCUCUCCAACCAAUCAUUCGCUGAGCUGGACGACCAUCACCAUCUGGGGCACGUGGACGCUGCCUUCCUCAUGCACUUUCCAGACAAACCCACUGAGCAUGACCACAUCUUCUUCAUGCUGGACACCAAAGUCUUCAGCUUCUACAAACACCAACUGGAGACAGGCUUCCCCAAGGACAUCUCUGAGGUGUUCCCUGGUAUCCCUGACCACCUGGAUGCUGCUGUGGUGUGUCCCGCUCCCGACUGUGAGGAAGACGCCGUCAUCUUCUUCAAGGGUGAUGAAAUCUACCACUACAAUGUGAAGACGAAGAAGGUGGAGGAGAAAAAGUUUGAGGGAAUGCCCAACUGCACCAGUGCAUUCCGUUUCAUGGAGCAUUACUACUGUUUCCAUGGACACCAGUUCUCCAAGUUCGACCCUAAGACAGGGGAGGUGCACGGGAGAUACCCCAAGGAGGCACGCGAUUACUUCAUGAAGUGCUCCAAGUUCGGAGAAACCACAGACCACAUCGAGAGAGAGCGGUGCAGCCGUGUGCACCUGGACGCCAUCACCUCUGACGACGCCGGAAACAUCUACGCCUUCAGAGGCCACCACUUCCUGGAGCAAGAUGCUGGCAAUGACACGUGGGCAGCCGACACCAUCGAGAGCGACUUCAAGGAGCUGCACAGCGAGGUGGAUGCCACCUUCUCCUAUGAAAACCACCUCUACAUGGUCAAGGAUGACAAGGUGUACGUUUACAAAGUUGGGGAGCCCCACACCCACCUGGACGGGUACCCCAAACCCUUGAAGGAGGUGCUGGGAGUGGAGGGCCCUAUCGACGCUGCCUUCGUGUGUCAGGACCACCACAUCGCUCACGUCAUUAAAGGUCAGACAGUCUACGAUGUUGACCUGAAGGCCUCCCCACCUGUUCCAGUUAAAGAAGGCUCCUUCACACUCUUCAACAAGGUGGACGCUGCGAUGUGCGGCCCAGAGGGCGUGAAGCUGUUCAAGGGAAACCACUACUUCCACUUUCAGAGCGUCAAGGUCAUGCUGAUGGCCAAGGCUAUUCCCGAGGAGCACAAGACAGCCCUGGAGCUGUUUGGCUGUGACCACUAGAGGCUGAGAAAGUAGACAGAAUCAAUUUAUCUACAACAACAACAACCAAGUGGUUCAUCCACCACGUCACUAUAGUCAUUAUGAUGUCAUUCUCCUCUUCCUUUAAACUGAUAUAUCAACUGUCUCUUUACCUCCAACAUACAUUGCCAUUGUCUAUUGUCCCUCUUUUAAUGUGCAGCAGUUUUCCCCCUAUGAGCCGGUUUCGUUUUGUUAUGGUCCCGUCCCAAAAGGUUGACAUGGAAAGUUAUCGAGGGCGUAGAAUCUUUCUGAUUAAUGUUCUAUGGUGUUGUUCUAUAAUAAACACCCAACAAAACUAA